CUUGUGAUAUCUGGAUUAGCUGUCCGGAAGAACAGAAGGAGCUGAAUGUUACCGGUGCUGCGGGAAUUUAAAAAAAACAACAGGGCUUCUGUGUGUGUAAGAAAUUUGCUACCGGCCCGGGAAAAGCCAGACUGUUGUGCGGUCUAGCUGAAAAGCUCUUGUAGUAGCCAUGGCUGGAGUUGCAUUGAAGAGAGAAGGACCUCAGUUCAUCAGUGAAGCUGCAGUGCGAGGGAACGCCGCAGUGCUUGACUAUUGCCGGACCUCUGUGUCUGCCCUGUCUGGGGCCACUGCUGGGAUUCUCGGUUUAACCAGUUUAUACGGCUUCAUCUUUUACUUCCUCGCCUCUUUCCUGCUGUCACUUCUGUUAGUAUUAAAGUCUGGACGGAAGUGGAACAAAUAUUUUAAAUCCAGGAAGCCACUGUUUACGGGCGGUCUCGUCGGUGGCCUGUUCACUUACGUGCUUUUCUGGACUUUCCUUUACGGCAUGGUGCAUGUGUAUUGAAGCCUGCUGCGUGGUCCUGUCACUCGGAAUUGAUCUUUUUAAUGGAUUACAAGGACCUACACUGAACACGAGGAUCUAGUUUUUAAAAUACUGAACCGGCUGCUUUGCUUGGUUCCUGUUAGUAACUUAUAUAGAUCAUAUUUGUAUAUGUUCUCUAAUUAAACAUCUUGUCAACAUCUAGAAUACUUGCAGUUAAUGAAAGAAGUAAUUGAGCACGUAGUAAAGUUACGGGAUAUAUCUUCCAAUCCAGUAUAGCUGGCGUAAAUAAUCAAUUCAAUCUGCCCAUACUGAUGAGUGGAUAUAAUUAAGAUCCAGCGAUUGAUGUGUAUUUUGGGCUAAGCGAUAGAACAUAUUGGCCUAUGUAUAAAAAAAAAAAGCUAUGCAUUCAUUACAGGUCAACUUUGUAUUUCAUGUAUUUUCCUUUUUUUUUUGCCCCUUUAUAUUUACACGUCAUGGGUGGCUGAAAUGAAAACCGCAAAGUUCAUUGUUUGCAUUGACUUCAAAGAUGUUACAGUUUGCACCUGUUAAAGGAACAGUAACACAAUCUGUUGAACAUACUUUUUGCUUGUAGUUUUAAUUCAGACAUUUGUGUGAUUUUAUGUCCUGCACUAAACGGGUCGAUAUUUGUUUCAAUGGAUUAAAGUCAUACUCUACUUCCUGUUCAUAUAAGCACAAACAUGUCAUCAGUCCACCGAGAAGCCCAGAUUGUGCUUACAUGAGCCAGAAGAAGGUUCCUUUACUUAUGAUUUCAAUGUCUGCUCUGUUUAGUGCAAUAAAUAACACAAACCAUAAAUACACGAUAACAAACAAAAGGCAAAAGUAUGUUGAGCACAAGCCCUAGUCAUUGACCUAAUGUUGAAUAAAAGGUUUACUUCCACUUUAUAAUUUGCAGAAAUGCUGCAGCAUUGAUACCUCUGGGAUUUCUUACUGUGGUUUUUCGGCACCACCGAGUCUGCCUGUUGUAGGCACAGACAUAUAAGUCCAUUCACCAGAAGCUAACUCAAGUGGGGGGGGGGGUUAUUUAUCAAAAUCCGAAUUUCUUUAAUUUUUUAAACGGGUGGUUCACCUUAAAGGUGACUUUUAAUAUGUUAUAGAAUGAACAAUUGGUUGGUUUUCAUUAUUUUUUUAUAGUUAUUUGCCUUUUUCUACUGACUUUUUGCAGCUUUCAAAUGGGCGUUGCUGACUCCAUUCUAAAAAGCAAAUCUCUGUAAAGCUACAAAUGUAUUGUUAUUGUUACUCGGUAUUCCUCAUCUUUCUAUUCAGCCCCUCUCCUAUUCAUAUUCCAGUCUCUUGCAAUGCAUGGUUGCUAGGGGAAUUUGCACUGUAGCAACCAGAUUGCUUAAAAUGUAAAUUGAAGAGUUGCUGAAUAAAAAGCUAAAUAACUCAAAAACCUUAAAUAUUAAAAAAUGAAAACCAUUUGCAAAUUGUCUCAGAAUAUCACUCUCUACAUCAUACUAAAAUUUACCUCAAAGGUGAACAACCCCUUUAACUUAAAAUAUCCAACCAAACUAGAAUCCACCAUCUAUUUAAUGAAUAAAAAACCACGACUUUUUCAGAUCGUUGAGCAAAAAAAAUGAUUUUAUUUUUUUUUUAAUUUUGUGAAAUAGUCGGAAAAUCCCAAAAUGUUUGGAUUAUUUACAAAACCAGCACAGACAAUAAUAUCUUCAAAUUCCAAGUAGGACCUCUGCCAUUGUCUUCUACAGGAACUCAACAGGUUGAAGAUCGAGUAUUUUUGGAUUCUGACUUUUUGCAGCCUUGGGGUAUAAUAAAUAUCGAAAUAUUUGAGUUUUUAGCAUUCGGGCUUUAAUAAAUAAAACCCUAGGACUCACUAGUUUAGCAGUAGCCAAGCUCAAAGUCGCUACUGGCCAGAAUUGAUAUAUUUUGUUGUUCAGUUUGUUUAUUGUAGCCUUUGUUUUGGAAUUAAGUGACACCUCUGCUCUCUCCUUUUGCAGGCAUGAAGCCCUGUUAUAUUUGAUGCAAAAUCCAUGGUAUUAAACAUUUAAGCAAUUGUUUAAAAUUGUCCAUACAACAGAAAUGUGAAUAAAUAUGAUUUGAGACCUGUU